UUCACCAUUACCAGCAUAUACAAAUAUACCUCCGAAAUCGAACGCAUUUAAAAACACAAAGCCUGAAAGGAGCCGCUUCAAUCAACUUCAAGACUUCAGCGACAUGGCGGCAACGCUUAAAAUCCUUUCAACCGCGCUGCUUUUACUAACGUGUGCCGUCGGCGUAACGCUCUCCGCCAACCGCUGCCCAAACUGCGGUUCCACCACCGUCCCUUACCCUCUCUCGACUGGCCCCACCUGUGGCGACCAAUCCUACAAAAUCCGCUGCAACGCGAGCUCACUGAUCUUCGAUACGCUCAACAACUCCUACCCAAUCACGUCGAUUAAUCCUUUCAAUCAACGGCUCGUGAUCAGGCCGGCGAGUCUCGUCCCAAACACCUGCGUCACAACGGAUCUCCCCUUCGAAGGCGUCCAGCUAAACAAUAGACUCCCUUUUAACGUCACCAGCAGUAACACCAUCAUGUUCUUGAACUGUACGGACUCGGUCCUCCGCUCUCCGUUGAACUGUUCCUCUGACGGAUUGUGCCACACGUACGUCAACGAUAGUUCGACUGCGGCGGCUUGUGAGGCAGCGCCGAUCUGUUGUACGUUCAAAGCCGGUGGAGGAGCGACGGCGUAUGCCAUUAGGGUGAGGGAGAGCGGGUGUAGGGCUUAUACGAGCUUUGUUAACUUGCAAUCGGACUUGCCGGUGAACCGGUGGCCUGAACCGGGAAUGGAGUUACAGUGGAUUUCUCCCCCUGAACCGCUUUGUGGCACCCAAGCGGAUUGUGAUUGGAACUCCACAUGUGGACCCGACCCGAAUUCGAAUGGGGUCCGAAGGUGUUUCUGUAAUUCGGGGCUUUCGUGGGAUCCAAUUGACGGGAUUUGCACUAAGAUUAUUACGUGUCAGAAUCCUGGUGGCUGUGGCGGCUCAGACCGGACGGCUUUAAUCGCAGGUUUAACAGCCGGACUUGGUACGGCGCUGUUUGCGGCCAUGAUUGGCUUUCUUCUCUACAAGCGCCACAGGCGGAUCAUAGAAGCGCAGGAGCGUCUAAGGAAGGAGCGUGAAGAAAUCUUAAAUGCCAACAAUGCAGGCAAAGCAGCCAAAGUUUUUACUGGUAAAGAGAUAAAGAAAGCAACAAAUAAUUUCUCUAGGGACCGCAUAUUAGGUGCUGGUGGCUAUGGUGAAGUCUACAAGGGGAUUCUCGAUGAUGGCACUGUUGUUGCUGUGAAGUGUGCCAAGCUUGGCAAUACCAAAGGCACUGAUCAAGUCCUCAAUGAAGUACGGAUUCUAUGCCAAGUCAAUCAUCGGAGCCUUGUCGGCCUACUAGGAUGCUGUGUUGAAUUAGAGCAGCCUGUAAUGGUUUAUGAGUACAUAGAAAAUGGAAAUCUGUUGGAUCAUUUACAGAGCCUGAAUCCUGGUGAUAGAGGGGUACUCACUUGGACCCGUCGUCUCCAAAUUGCCCGUGAUACUGCUGAAGGUCUCGCUUACCUGCAUUCCUCUGCUGUUCCUCCAAUCUAUCACAGAGAUGUCAAGUCUAGUAACAUCCUACUUGAUGUGAAAUUGAAUGCCAAAGUUUCAGAUUUCGGGUUAUCAAGGUUGGCUCAUACAGAUAUGAGUCACGUAUCAACUUGUGCUCAAGGCACCCUUGGAUAUCUUGAUCCCGAGUAUUAUAGAAACUAUCAGUUGACUGAUAAGAGCGAUGUUUACAGCUUUGGGGUCGUUUUAUUAGAGCUUUUAACUUCACAAAAGGCAAUAGAUUUUAACAGGGAUCCAGACGAUGUGAACCUGGCGAUUUAUGUGAAGAGGAUGGCAGACGAGGAGAAAUUGAUCGAUGUCAUUGAUCCAAUGCUAAAAGAGAAAGCAAGCGCCUUGGAGCUAGACACCAUGAAAGCUUUAGGAUUUCUUGCAUUGAACUGCUUGGAGGAGCGUAGACAGAACAGACCUUCCAUGAAAGAAAUCACAGAGGAAAUUGAGUACAUCAUCUGUAUUGCCAAAGGUAAGGCUGUAGAGAGCUAGUUCUCUCCAGAGUUGACCAAGACUUCCAAGACAGGGUUGUGCACUUGUGCUCGAGCUUCUGUUCUAUUUUUGCUUUUAGCUUUUGUAAUAACAUGUCUCGCAUCUAUAUAUGCUACUUUUGAUAAAUAAAAUAAGAAGUCAACCCUGUUGUUGGAUAUUCAAUUUUAGCAGCACUUUUUGCACCACUUGAAAAAACCAGCGUUGAUUUCAAAUCAAUUACCAUGAAUGAUCUGAAUUACUCUUUUUAGCAUAUUUUUUAACUUAAAUCAUCAAAUUCUUUGUCUUUCUGUUCAAUCUGCAAAUACCUGAUAGUUCCCUUGAUGAGGAAGGCCAAAAGUAAACACUCAGAUGGUUCCAAUGAAAAUUGAAUGAUAGUUGAAAAUAUGAAGUGGUUAUUAUUCAAACUGAUUUUGUCAAUGUUUUCCACUGGCCAUCAUAAAAAUUUCCAUUAAAAGUUCUAGAUCUUAUCCCAUUAGCAGCCUUCAUGUUUGACGAGAAAAGCUGAGAGGUCAAUCCCACUUACAAAACAAUGGGAUCCUCAUUAUCAAUAACCAUUUGUUAACAGACCACAAUCAGUUAAAUCUUUCCUAACAUCCAAAACCCAAAUCACCAAAUUUUGAAAAAGGAAAAACCAAAAAUGAAAAGAGAAAUUUCCCCUUUUCUGCAGUGAAGAAGCCAUUGGCUACCAAAUUGAAAGCAUUGCCACAGAAAGGGAGAGAAGCUAUAGCGUCAGCUCAUACACAAACGCCCACAGUUUGCAUAAAAGAGCGAUGGUAAUCAGUAUAUGACGCCUAAAUUCACCAAUCGAAAAUUAACCCACAAAAAAUAAGCAAAAAAAAAAAAAACUUUUUUUUUUCAUAAUCAAUGUAGUUAAUGGCCUUGAAGAGUGAAACCCAGAAUUUCAGUUUCACAAAUUGAAAAGCCAACAACAAAAUAGCUGAUUUUGGUGGGAUACUGACCAUUCACACAAAAACAACAAAGCCAAUAGGCUAAAUAUGUGACUGGCUAAUUGCCCACCUUCAAACCAAGAAAAAGGAGAUGAUGAAGAAACUUCCAGGUAUUAAACCAAACCAAAGAUGAAGAAGACUUGGUAACAGAGAAACAAUUUACUUUGCCUAAGAGAAACAGGCAAAUAUAUAGUAGCAACUUUUUAGGGUUUCUCUUUUG